AUGAAAAUUCUGGUAAUACCGAAGAAAGAACAGCUGAAUCUAAAUCUAAUCUCCACGCUAUCCGAAGAAUUUUUGCUAGAAGAUUCUAGAAAACAAAGUCAACAACAAGUAGUUUCAUUCUCGAAACUCCUUCUCAAACAGUCUGGAAAACUAGGUAAAGAUUCGAAACCAACUGAAGAAGAGAGUCUGCAAUUGGAUAAUCUCCGGAAUACAUUGAAUACACAAUGGAAAGAGAAGAGGGAUUUGGUUGGAAAAACAAAGAUUGACGUUUGUUACGCUAAAAUUACCAUGUUGGUCUUGACGACGAUAAUCUAUGCUAGCGAUACAGUAUGUGUUUUACAAACUCAAGCGGUGAAAUACAUUACAGAUUUUAUUAUCAUGGGGAUACUUUUGUCCUUGGUUGUUUUGUACAACCUAAUGAAACUUUGCCGACGAAUCAUAGCUCCAAAUAAACUGGAUGUCGAGAAUGGUACCGAGAAGCAGAUUUGCUUUGGAAAUAUGGAGUUGUCUUUCAUGGAACAGUUAGAAAAAUGCGUGGGAUUCUAUUCAAAGGAAGUAAUGCCAUUGAAGGAAGAAGCCAGAGCACUGAGCAAGUAUUCCUCUCUUUGGAUCAAAAGCAGUCUGAUUGUUUUCGUACCGCAAGCUGUGGCUAUGACAAUUUACUGCAUCAUCGUGGCUUUCAAACUACUUGACAAUGAAUCAAUAAUAGCCGCUCCCCUCUUACUUCUUGGGUAUCCCUUCAUAGCUGCAACAGCUUUCAUUUUUAUUGUUGCGAUUUUGGAAACAGCUACAUUUUACAUAACGAUUAAGACUUAUUUCAUCAACGAGGCUCUCGAAGAAUUCAACAAUGAUUCACCAUUCGUGGUUGUUGUACUCUUUAAGGCAAUCAUCUUCACUAUACUUGGUCUCGCUUUAGUUGUUGGAUUUCUGGAAUUCAACGACAUCGAAAUAUAG